UGAAUAAUUGACUUUGACCAAAGAGAAAGAGGAAGGAAGAAAAGUCACACUUUCCUAUCUUCUUCCUUUACCUUUCUCUUCUCAUACAUACAUGUUGUUGCUGUUCCUCUUCAGCUUACAAUAAAAAGCCCUUCUCAUCCAUUCCUUACUCUCUCAUCGUAUUUCAAUCGAGUUCUUCUCGAUCUCUACUCUUACUUUCAACAACAACAAUUAAACCUUAUUUCAUCCACUGUUACUAUUUCAUUUCUACAAUUCUAAAGGAUUUAGAGCAUGUGCAGUGGUUCCAAAAGUAAACUUUCUUCCUCAGACUACGGUAUGGAGAAUAAGCUUCAGAAGGGUAUUCACAACUCCUCAAUCUUGCUUGAAUUAUCUGCAUCUGAUGAUUUUGAAGCUUUCAAAAGAGAAGUAGAUGAGAAGGGUUUGGAUGUAAAUGAAGAAGGCUUUUGGUAUGGUAGAAGAAUUGGGUCAAAGAAGAUGGGAUCUGAAAAGAGGACUCCACUCAUGAUUGCUUCCUUGUUUGGAAGCACUGAGGUGCUCAAGUAUAUUAUUUUGACAGGAAAGGUUGAUGUCAACAGAGUUUGUGGUUCUGAUAUGGCCACUGCUCUUCAUUGUGCUGUUGCUGGUGGUUCCGAAUUCUCGCUUGAGAUUGUUAAGCUCUUGCUUGAUGCUGGUGCAGAUGCUGAUUGUCUUGAUGCUAGUGGAAAUAAACCGGUUGAUCUGAUUGUUCCUGCCUUUAAUUAUUUGUCAAAAUCACGUAGGAAGGUGUUGGAGUUGUUUCUGAGAGGUGGUGUGUGUGAUGAACUUGUCCUAGGAGAGAUGGAUGAUCCUUUUUCGUUGAAUGAAGGUUUGGAGAAAAAAGAAAAAGAAGGUGGUGAUAAGAAAGAAUAUCCUAUUGAUAUAUCGUUGCCUGACAUAAACAACGGUGUGUAUGGAUCGGACGAGUUUAGGAUGUACAGUUUCAAGGUGAAGCCGUGCUCGAGGGCUUACUCUCAUGAUUGGACUGAGUGUCCUUUUGUUCAUCCAGGUGAGAAUGCAAGGAGGAGAGACCCAAAGAAAUACCCUUACAGCUGUGUUCCCUGCCCCGAGUUUCGCAAAGGGUCCUGUCAGAAAGGAGAUUCUUGUGAGUAUGCACACGGUGUUUUCGAGUCAUGGCUACAUCCUGCCCAAUAUCGAACAAGGCUUUGCAAAGACGAGACUGGCUGCAAUAGAAAAGUCUGCUUCUUUGCUCACAAACCCGAAGAGUUGCGCCCCGUGUAUGCCUCCACAGGAUCAGCUAUGCCUUCCCCAAAAUCUUAUUCAGCUAGUGCAAUUGACAUGACAUCGAUGAGUCCGUUGGCUCUUAGUUCCUCAUCUUUGCCUAUGUCAACUGUUUCAACACCUCCCAUGUCUCCCUUGGCAGCUUCAUCAUCUCCCAAGAGUGGAAACUUGUGGCAGAACAAACUAAACUUCACUCCACCAUCAUUGCAGCUCUCAGGUAGCCGCUUGAAGAGUGCUUUGAGUGCCAGGGAUAUGGAUCUUGAGAUGGAACUGCUCGGUCUGGACAGUCCUCGUCGUCAACAACAGCAACAACAGCAACAGCAACAACAAUUGAUUGAAGAGAUUGCAAGAAUCUCUUCUCCAUCUUUCCGGAGCAAGGAAUUCAACAGGAUUGCUGAUUUGAAUCCAACAAACCUUGACGACCUGUUAGCAUCUACUGAUCCUUCUUUACUAUCUCAACUACACGGACUCUCUAUGCAACCUUCAACACCGACACAGAUGCAAUCAUCUCCAAGUGCAAUGCAGAUGCGCCAGAACAUGAACCACCUCCGUGCAAGUUAUCCAUCCAACAUGCCUUCCUCUCCAGUGAGGAAACCCUCAGCAUACGGGUUCGAUUCAUCAGCUGCUGUGGCAGCUGCAGUGAUGAAUUCCAGGUCAGCUGCCUUCGCAAAGCAGCGCAGCCAAAGUUUCAUCGACCGUGGCGCAGCAACCAACCACCAUAUUGGGAUGUCUUCGCCUUCCAACCCUUCUUGCAGGGUGUCCUCAGGCUUUUCCGAUUGGAAUUCUCCCACGGGGAAACUCGAUUGGGGUGUAAAUGGAGAUGAGCUAAGCAAGCUGAGGAAAUCUGCUUCUUUUGGGUUCAGAAACAAUGGAGUAGCAGCAACUGCAUCCCCAACAGCACAUUCAGGACAUGCUGAACCUGAUGUCUCUUGGGUUAAUUCAUUGGUUAAGGAUGUUCCUUCUGAGAAUUCUGAGAUGUAUGGCGCCGAGAGGAUGCGACAGCAGCAGCAGCAGCAGCAGCAAUAUGAUCUGAGUAGAGAGAUGCUUCCACCAUGGAUGGUGGAGCAGAUGUAUAUAGAGCAAGAGCAGAUGGUAGCAUGAGUCAAAUGCAGCCAUGGCAAAACUUCUUGGUUAUUCUGACAGUUUUUAUUUAUUUAAUUAUUUUAUUUAUUAAUUUGAACUGUUACUACUAUCCAACAUUUACAUAUAGUAUAAUUAGGUCCAAAGAACAAAAUUCAUGUUAAUCUUCCAGAGAUUUGAAGAGUUCCAACUUCUAGAUCAGGAAAGACUUGGAAAAACAUUGGAUGAAGCAACGGUGCUGAAUUUUUUAUUGUAUUAUAUAAUUUAUUAUUAUUGCCCCUUUUCUCUGGUGGGUCAAUGUAUUUUCUUUAGCAAGAGAACAAAGUAUUUGUCAUCGAUUAAGCAGUAAACUUUUUUUAAUACAUAUUGUUGUGCCUCCAAUAUCAAUGCCUAUCCAUUAUUGUGAAA